AAACAUGUAACAUUCCUCAGUGCAGAGGGAUGCCGGGAACUUACGCUAACAUGGCGGAAUUUUGUAACAUGAGACGCGGUCUUAUCUAAACUUUUAAACAUAUUCUCGUCUUGUCGCGAUUUCCUGCACCUUUACAGCUACAGGAGGUCGUCAUCAAAUCAAGGUAGCUAAAGGAAUAGCUCCGAUGCUCAGGGAGGACCUGUGUUUUUAGAAAUUCCCCUUGGAGUGAGUGCUAUUUUUCAGAUUAUGUCACCAUGGCAACGUCGACCAUCACAAUGACAGAGGAGACGACCGAUGCCCUCACCAGUGGAGAAGGGUCGCUGCCUUUCUCAGGCAGCAGGAGUGACGACAGCUCACCCAGGAGGAACAGCUUCAAGGUCGCAUUCAACAACUGUCACAAUGGGCUAGGAAUCAAGAUUGCCGGGGGAAGAAGUGCAAGAACAGGAGAAGAACGUGGAGUUUUUGUGAAGAAGGUCUUACUGGGAGGACUGGCAGCUCAAGAAGGUCAGCUGCAGGAGGGAGACCAGAUCUUAGAAGUGAACGGCCAGACCUUACAAGGGGCCACCAACGAAAGGGCUGUGUCUAUCCUGAGAAAUGCUUCAGCCACUGACAGUGUGGAGCUGACUGUAGCAAGGGACGAUGUUGCCAGGGAGGAGUUUCUUGCGGUGUGUGAAAGUCAGAGCAACUAUAGUUACUCCAGUGGGAGCUCGGGAGACCGACCCAGUACUGUGUCCAACAGUAGUAUGUACUCCACAGGCCAAAGGCCCAUGUCUCCCAUGUCAUCUGGAUCCUCGGUACAACCUUCUCCUCCCUUCAUGAAGAACAUUGGGAAGUCCCACAGGCCAAGAGUGCAGAACAACAGGCACAGCCCAUUGCAAAAUGGGGGUGCCCAGGGCCCUCCAAACAGUUCGGAUGUUCAGGUGAUCACCAUAGCCAAGUCCUCAGGACUGGGCAUCAGUGUGGAGGGUGGCACUAACCGUCCUGAAGGACCACUGGUGUAUGUGACAGAAAUUCUGCAAGGAGGGGACUGCUAUAGAGAUGGACAGUUGCAACCAGGAGACCAGUUAGUAGCUAUUAAUGGAGAGUCCCUGGUGGGGAUAACUCACGAGGAGGCUAGGAGUAUCAUCACUAGAGUCAAACUCAGACCAUCUAAGACAGUGGAGCUAGCGUUCAGCCGAGGUGGGCAGUCCCCGCCCCACUCUGCCUACAUGGACAGCCUGCCGGGAAGUGCAGACACCACUCCUCCCAAGUCUUCUCAUGAUUCAACAGGAUCUUAUAUCACACCUCCACAAGAUAUCCAAAGAUCUGGAGGCUUGACAUAUCCUCACCUUCAACCAAACGCCUUCUCAACUCCACAAGCAGCUAACCAUAGACACAAUGGGCACAGUAGCAGGCACUACUCAGGCUCACCUCAUACUGAGAUAUCCCCAGUCCUUCCAACUCCCAACAGCACCUCACCACAGUCAGCAGGGUCCAGGGUGAACAGGACAGGAGGACCAAUCAGAGAUCCCAGAAGACUCUCGCUGGAUCCACACACAAGAUUGAAAGUUGACAAACUAGAAACAGCCCUGAAGUACCUAGGAUUAAAAACAACUGAGGGGCAGCAAAGAUUACUGAGAAGCAGGCUGAGACCAGACAACACAGGGAGUGUUUCUUAUGGAGAGUUUGUCUCAGUGGCAAAAGAAGUGUACAAGUUGGAGCUUGAGGAGAAGGGCAUCAGCCUGGGGUCCAUGCUGUACGCAGGACCUGAUCUCAGCAGCUUUGUGGAACCACCUGUUUACAGACUACCGACAGUGGAGUCAAGACCCAACAUUAGCCAACCUGAACUGGACAGAAUAAGACAAGAAAGAGACAAUGCUCUGAAAGAAGUGCAAAGACUAAAGGACUUGUUACAAGACAAGGAGAGGGCGUGUAGUAGAGCAGAGGAAGAACUUCUCAGAGUAAGAAGGGAGGCCCAAGGUGCAAUCCACGAGAGCCGGUCCCUCAGGUUGAAGGUGCACCUGGCGGAGGAGGCCCACCGUGCGGCGCGCAGUAUGGAGCAGGACUACGAGGAAGUCAUCAGACUCCUGGAGCAGGAGAUAGCCGACCUCAAGCUGCAGCAGGCCGCCCCAAAGUCGGCAGAAAAUUCAGAAGAAAUGAAGAAGCGGAUAACAGUGCUUGACUGUCAACUGAAGAAGUCCGACAGCGGGAAGAAGACAUACGAAGUCGCCACGGAAAAACUUCUCAAGUUUGCGGAGCUCGUGCACGAAGUCUUAACGGACCAAUCACAGGGAGCCGCCCUGGGGAGAAGUCGACGGGGCGAGAGCGCAGUCGGAACGCGACCUCCCGGCUAUCUCGCCAGGCACGGGAAGGGAACGACAAACGCUAACCUGGCCGCCGAAGCCAAGGACGUGGUGAAAGCAGUGAAGUCUAUCGUCGAAGUAGAACCAUUACCCUAUGGCUGGGAGGAAGCCUACACAGAGGACGGAGCUAAGUAUUACAUAAACCAUGUGACUCAGACGACAUCUUGGAUACAUCCUGUUUCUGGUGUACAGCAUAUGCCGGGGAUACAGGAAGGACUGGAGUUACCGGAGACCGACACGUAACGCACUCAGCAGCCAUAGGUACAUUGACCUCACACACGUACACCACUAAUUGAUGACUGCAUCAGAACGUAAAAAACCUGUGCGGGAGGUGGAUGUGUUAUAUUUAGAAGAUUGCAUGUACAUGUAUGUUUUUUUUAUAUCAGAUGUGUUUCCAAAUUACCACUCCCCUCUCCUUAUAGUAUUUUUUCUUGCUCACACAGUUUUAACAUUUAGUAAAUAUGAGGUUCAUAAGGGAACCAAUGUACAGACUGUAAAUCUAUAAUCUGAACCAGCAAAUGUGAUAGAAUAUUUAACUAGCAGUUGUCGUCACAUAAAUCAUUCAAUGAGAUGACUUUGACAACUGCCUGGUAGUAAAUGGCAAUGAUUUUUAGGUCACUUUGGGGCAAGUUAACAUUAGAUUCAACUAAGGAAUGGUUUUUCAGAAAGAUAUCUUCAAAGACUCUCCAAAUACAGCCACAUCUCAUAAAUUUCGAGUACACAAGGGUUGAACGGCCUUCUUUCACAAUACUAGUAGUUUCAUUUUUGUGCGUGUCGUUUAUUUUCAUAUCUAAUGUAAGUCAAGUGAAAGAAAAAAAUACCUUUCUAGAAAAUUAUAACAGAGUUGCAUACAUUUGACAUUUUUCAAUAAGAGUUAUAUGCUCUCAUUCCAUUUAUACAAAUGUCAUACAUAUUAUAUUAUAUUUUACUUGCCUCGGAUAAUCAAUUAAGAUAGUUCAUAGUUUCAACCUAUUUUUAUAAAUAUAAUUUCCAGCAAUUUAUUGAAUGGAAAGGCAAUAAGGUCCAAUUAUCGUUGUCACUCCAUGUCUAGAAAUAGAUAAUCAUAUUUAUACCUCACUUGUAAGACGUGAACGCUGUCUCAAGAAUUCACGUACAUGUGUACAUGUCAAAGUUUUUUCAAAAAUCAACAUUGAACAUUCCAUACAUCAGUUUAAGCCUUUUUAGACAGGUAUAGUGCCAAGUAAUCAACAAAUUCUAACAACCUUCUCUAUAUAAUAGUACUGCAUACUUGUAUAAGAGGUGACAGUUUAUAAGCUACAGUACAAAGACAGUCUAGAUGUAAGUAACAAUCCAUUCCAAGUUCUUUCCAAAAUCAUCAGACUGUGUAAAAGUGUAACAGUUGAAGUAGAUUGAUAACGAUAUUGGUAAAGAUGCGAUAAUGUACAUGUAGCUGAUUCAUAAUCUACUGGCAUCACAUUCAUAUUACAUGAUUUGAUAGUUAUCUGGUAGCCUUUGUUCACAGAUGUGGACGAUGUCUUAAAUGUGUUGAUAACACAGACCUCUAAACUAAAGCUUAGUUAUGUGAGCAAUAAAAAGAGUGCAAAUGUAAAAGGCAAUUUUUCUUUUAGCUACAUUAAAAUUUUUCUGGGAUAUUUAGAAUUUCAGAGCUGUGAAUUCUAUUUCAAAACCAAAAAUAUUGCUGUCUCUGCAAGCUUAUUGAACAGGAAAUAUGCGGACUGGUAGCAUCAAAAGCUUUAUGCAGGGUUUGUAACUUUCCAAGAAAUCUAUGAAUUAUUCAAAGCUUCCGAGAACUCCUGUAUAUUCCAAGGCCAGCAGAUUUGCAUACAGUUCCUGGAAUUUCAGUCCUGGCGUCAGAUGUCAUGUCGAUAUCUGUAGGAGGGAUCUCUUGGCACAUCAGCCGUGUGUGCAUAUACAUGUUUGCAGCGGGAGGUUAUCUCAUGCGGAGGCACUAAUCACACCAGAGCUAUUCUUGUCCAAGUGUUGCUUGAAGCUGUCUCUUGAAGGAGACAUCACCUCACGUUUGGAAUGUGUCUUUAUCGCGAGUACCCUACUUCAGUUCAAGGAAGGCUUAGCCAUUUUUACUGUUCUGAGGUAACCGUUUGACCCAAAUCUUAAUACAAGUACAUGUAGGUUACAUUGGGUAAAAAUUCAGCAUACUAUUUUUGAGGGGGGAGGAGGGCACUGUAAUAAAAUGUGAAAACUUGAACAUGACACUGCAUCAAAGUAAAGGCUUUCAAAUGAUCCAACCAAUUUCUUUUAAACAUGACAUUAAGUGUGUGUGAAAACAACAUAAUCAUGCUUUCCUUUGUGAUGCCAUCUUUGUUAUGGGUCAGCUACUGUCUAUUGACGUCUUUCAAACCAAUAGGUCAGCCUUUGUGUGUGUGUGUGUACAUAUUAUGUAUAUCGUAUAUUAUGAAUAAACAUAUCUACCCAACAUUAUAUUGGUGUAUUUCUAUUGAAUAUGAAUGAAUAUGUUUCAGUGAAGAAGUAUUUUACUUGUAGAUUUAAACAUUUAACAAAUACAUUUCAAGGAAAGGACCAGUUACUGACAGUCAGUUAUUAUGACAAUAUUU